GUGUUUUGGAAUCGGAGAGAAAGAUGCUAACAAAGUUGGAGACGAAAGUGGUUGAGCCAAGAUUUGCUUGUCCGCUCUGCAACAAUCGGUUUAAGGAUGCCACCACAAUCUCCGAGUGUCUUCACACAUUUUGCAGGAGCUGCAUUCGUAACAAGUUCAUAAAUGAGAGAGUUAAAGCUUGUCCAGUCUGCAACGUUAACCUCGGUGUUUUUCCUCUCCAUAAACUUCGGUCGGAUUACAGUUGGCAAAAUUUGAAGCUGAAAGUCUACACAGCAAAGACGGCAAGCGUAAAGGCAGGACCUGAAACUGUUGCAGCCUCUGUGAAAUCUUCGAAAAAGAAGGGAAAAUCUCUAACGUCACUGGUGGUCUCUUCAUCUAGAGUAUCAUCCUCACCUGAUACUCCAUUGGAACCACCCAUUGCGGUUGUGGAGCCACCCAUUGUGGUUGUGGAGGAGAAGCAUAGGGAGACCGUUCAAGCUCUUCAAAGCUCUCGUAAACCGAUAAUCACAUUCAAGAAACGUGGAAGAAAAUCUUCACUCCCCAAGAAGUUUGAUUCCAAACCGGAACCCGAACUGCCUCCUAAGGAGCCUGAAAUUAAGAAUUUCUUUGACCUGAACAACGAACCUGAAGACAAUGGAUUGGACGAAGCUGAAGGAUCGACAUCUCAAAAAUUCAUACCAAAGGAGAAAGACUCCGGGAACGAUCUUUGUAAGUCCUUGACUGAUGAUGGUAAGGAAGUAGCGCCACUAAACAUCAACGAUACUCCUCCUCUUAUCGUUGAGCCAGUGAUAAGUUCGGAUGGCGAUACAGAGGAAUCUGUUGAACCUAUUCACAACAAGUGUGUUGUGAAUAGGGAAGCAGAGGAAGUCCCUUUUCAAGUGAAUCAAAACAAUGUCCUUAUUAGCUCUGAUAGGGAUAGAGAGGACAACUCUGGUCAGAAACUGAAGAGCAAUGGUGCUUCCUCCAGAUCAAGGAGGAAGAAAGGGAAGAAACCGGUGGAAAAGAGUUAUUCUUUGAGACCCCGAAAAGACGGGAGGGCGACUAAUUCAGCAGCUAAUACUACUACACCAGAAGUUGCGGUUUCCGUGGAAGAGGAAAAGAAAGUUGAAGGACGUAACACCAAUGCAGUUUGGUUUUCGUUAAUGCCUUCCAAGACUCAGAACAUUGAAAUGCUACUUCCACCGAUCAAUGCUCGCUGCAUAAGAGUGAAAGAUAGAAACAUGACUGUCUCAUAUCUCAAGAAGUAUCUAAUGGUGAAGCUCGGUCUCGAAAGCGAAGACCAAGUGGAGAUAUGGCUAAGGAAUGAGCCAUUGUGUUCGUCACUGACGCUACAUAGCUUGGUGGAUUGGUGGGUCCAAACUACUCCAUUGCCUGAGCGACGAAGCGCCAUGGUCGGAAGCUCCGCUGCUGAUUUCCUCAUGAAUCUCCAUUACAGCUUCAAAUCUGACGCAUCUGGCUCUGGCUCUGGCUCUGGCUCGGACUCUGAAUAAUUCUCCUCAGAACUUUAAACUUUUCUUCUUCUCUUUAAACUCAUUUCUUGCAGAAUAAGUUUCCUUUUAAAGACUUGCUAGUUUUAGCAUCUUUCUUUAUUUAAUAAUUGCUGAGACCCAAA